AUGGGCCUACUUGACGACGACGACGACUACACCAGCGCUGUUGCCACUGCAGGCAGCUUCCUCGGCGGCACGUUCACCGCUCUCGGCUGGUGGCUCUUUGUCGGCUACCUGCUACAGGCGGGCGCUGAGGCGGAGUGGGCGUCCCCUCCGCCCGUCAACUCGACGCUGCCGCUCGCGCCGGCCGGGCUGCGCAGCGGCGCCUAUUGGGCGCCAGGCAUUCUGCAGACCGCGGCGCUGGUGAUGCUCAACGCCCUAAACUGGGAGGCGGUGAGCGAGGACACGCUGGGCGAUGCGAGCGUCGCGCUGCGCGCGAGGCUGUGGGUAACGGUGUGCUUUGUGGUCAUGUUCACCGCGCUGGGCGGCGCCAUCUGGAUCCUCGUAGAGAAUGCAGCCGACGAGCGGGCGUGGAAGGGUGCAGGCCCGGCGGUAGUCGCGCAGAACGCUUGCAUCUUUGCAGGCUCGCUCAUCUUCCGAGCAUCCCGCCGGCACGGCGAGCACGCCAUGUAG